AUAUGGACUUGAUUGAUUGCCCAGUGUUUUGUUAAUAAAAAUAAACCAUUAAUGAAAUGCUAACAACAACGAAGAGAGAGAAUUAAAAGAUCCUCCUACCGUAUUCCCGGGAACAUUCGCCGGAGAAACGUACGGAAUCAACAACCUUCCCCGGGAAAGAAUCCAUUACCGCCGAUUCUAUCAAUUCGUAUACCGUAUUUGACUACCCAGCCAUUGAUUCUCUCUCCCUCUCUUCCCUUUUCAUUGUUUCUAAACCAGCUCAUCUUUCCUGAUCCGGACGUUUUUCGAAGAUCGGGUCCUAAUUCCCCGGGAAUGGGUCCUUAAGUUCUGGAAGAAAUCCGUCCGCUCUGUCUGGUAAUUUCAUUGAAGGACGGAUUAAGCAAGCGUGUGUGAGAUCAGAAAAGACGGAUUCAACUAUGAGCACCCAGAAGCAAGUGGUGACUAUUCGGGACCUGGUAGAUGAAGCCAAGAAACGAAUUGUAAUCGUGGUCAUAUGCGUCGUCGGACUUUCCUACCUCAUGUCCCUGACAAGUUCAUCGGUUUUGGUUAACCUUACUCCUGCUGUGUUAUUGAUCAUCCUUUUUCGUUAUUACACUCUCGAUAGUGAAAUGAAAAGAAAAGCUGCAGCUUACACCAACAAGCCAUCGUCGUCUCUGAAUGCACCAACUCUAAACAAAACACCUGAACUCCCUAAAGCAGCUCCACGGUCUGACUGGAGAAGCAAAGUGAACUCUCAAGUCGUUGAGGAUGCAAUUGAUCACUUUACUCGUCACCUCAUUUCUGAAUGGGUUCUGGAUCUUUGGUACUCUCGAAUUACACCGGAUAAGCAAGGUCCUGAAGAACUGGUGUUUAUUAUUAACGAUGUUCUUGGGGAACUUUCACGGCGGUUUAGAAAUGUAAAUCUUAUUGAUCUAUUGACAAGGGAUUUGAUUGAUAUUAUAUGUCGCCGUGUGGAGCUUUUCCGCGAGUGUCAAGCAAAGAUUGAGAGACAACAAAGGAGAAGCCUCAGUUUUGAAGACAGAGACUCAGAACUAAGACGUGUGAUGGCCAGUGAAGAUAAAUUGCACCCUGCUUUGUUCUCUCCUGAAUCCGAGCAUAAGGUUCUGCAACAUAUAGUGAACAGUCUCAUUUUAGUAACAUUUAGGCCAGAGGAUCUGCACUGUGCUUUUUUCCACUAUACCGUGAGGGAGCUUUUUGCUUGCUGUGUGAUCCGACCAGUCCUAAACCUAGCCAAUCCUCGGUUCAUAAAUGAGAGGAUUGAAGCUGCUGUAAUGUCAAGGAUAAAGACUACUAUCAGAUCUAGUGCUGCAGAAGAGGCUUCUCAGUCUGAAGAUCUCUCAAAUGUUUCUCCUGAUCAUUUUUCUAGAUAUAUGGACCCCUCUGUCACAGGUGUUGAGCUUGUGCAGUUGAAAAAUGAACAGCAAAAAAAUUCUAAAAAGAAAAGCGCUACAGAUAAACAGCAUGUAAAAGAGCUCUCUAAAGAUCCAUUGCUUUCUAUGGACACUCGAUCUUCCCGAUCGUGGAACUCUUUCCCCUCAACAUCCAAAAUAGGUGAUGGUAGUAAAGAUCCUCAAGGACAUCGAGGAGGAGAGGGUUGGGGUGACGUGUUAGACAUGAUGUCACAAAGGAAAACUGAGACCCUUGCUCCUGAGCAUCUUGAAAGCGUGUGGGCAAAAGGAAGAAACUAUAAAAAGAAGGAAGGUGGGAAAGUUGAUGAGCGCGUGCCCCCGAGAUGGUCUAGCAAGGCUGGUGACUGCAAUGAAAACACUGUGAAUGCAAGAGAGUCCAGUCAGCGUAAAGUUGUAAAUACAGACAGUCAUUUAUCAAGUUAUUCCUCUGCUGAAGAGGAUGAGGAGCAAACAAAGAGUAGUCAUUCUUAUACAUCCGAGGAUGAGGAAACGGUAACAGGUCUAAACAGUCCUGGGACUCGUGUCUGGGAUGGUCGAACGAAGAAAAAUCUUGGUGUUUCACGGAUACACCAUCCACUUGAAAAUUCAGGCCGUUCUUUAAAAAAGACCAGUAAAGGGCAUGAACGUUAUCAGCAAGUACCCGGUCAUCAAUCUGGCAGGAAGAGAUCCAGAAUUUCUGGUCAUAUUAUAGACGAUGAUGAUAGUGAUGAUUCUGAAGAUGGUUCUUUGACUAGAUCAUACAGUGGAAUGUCUGCAACGUCAUCUACAUCAUACGUUUCAGCGGCAGAAAGUGACCUUCCCAAUGCCCCUAAAAGUUCUUUGUUGGUUGAUUCCUUUGCGAAGUUGAGAUGUGAGGUUCUGGGUGCCAAUAUUGUGAAGGGUAGUUCUAAGAUGUUUGCUGUGUAUUCAGUUGCAGUCACAGAUGAAAGUAAUCAUAGCUGGUCUAUCAAAAGAAGAUUUCGACAUUUUGAGGAGCUUCACCGACGGCUAAAAGUGUUUCCUGAGUACAAACUUCAUUUACCGCCAAAGCAUUUCCUAUCAACAGGCGUGGACAUACCUGUUAUCCAAGAGCGAUGUGUACUACUUGACGAGUAUAUCAAGGUCAAACGCCAUGUCUCUUGUUUUUAACUAUCUGUUCAUGCUUUACAUGGUGUAUUGUAUAUGGAGUAUGUUUUAUUUUUCUACUGGAUUUGUUUUUUUGAUGAGUAGUUUACCGUGAAUUAGUUUUUGGUUUUCAUACUCUGGUAGCUACUUUGGAUUUCUGAGAAGCUAAUACUGAAUGUUCUUAUGUAUGAAACUUCACCAUCUACUGCUCUGUAAUUUUACUCUGAAGUCUGAAGUUUAGUCAGGCUUGCUUUGAUCUACUGAAGUUAUGUACCUUUGUAGUUUGAUCUGCUCAAGUAGCUAAGGCUGAUAGUUCUAAUGCUUGAACUUUUGUACACAGUUGCUUUUCAACGCCUUCUAUUCUUCCAUGUUAACUAAAUGUGAAUGUUUGCUUUGCAUUGAAGUGAUUCUGCUGUUUUCCUUAUUCUGCGUAUUAUCCUUUCUCUACUUUGCUCAGAAGCUUUUGCAGCUACAACGAAUUUCAGGAUCAAUUGAAGUUUGGGACUUCCUCAGUGUGGAUUCUCAGACUUAUGCGUUCUCAAGUUCCUUCUCAAUCAUUGAGACGCUAACAGUUAAACCUGUCAAUAAGACAUCUACUGUCGCUACAAAUAUAGCAAGUAUGACUCAGGCAGCACCAGGUCCGCUUCCUCGGAGGGAAAAUCUGAGUUCUGAGAAUGGGAUAUCGGGUCAAAAUAUGAGGAAUAACGUUAUGGUGGAUGAUGUAAAGUCAAAAGUGAAAAAUCUUGGAAAUGAUCAUGUGAAGACACCUGAUGUAGAUGUGAGAAACCGCAAAGAGAAUGGCGGGCUAAAAGUGGGUACUCAACAUGCCGAUGAUGUGGCCUGCGCUGGCCUGCCCACCGAGUGGGUUCCUCCAAAGCUAACAUUACCCUUGCUAGACUUAGUAGAUGUUGUCUUUCAACUCCAGGAGGGUGGGUGGAUCAGGCGGAAAGCUUUUUGGGUUGCCAAACAGAUACUUCAACUUGGGAUGGGGGACGCAUUGGACGAUUGGGUACUUGAAAAAAUUUGUCUUUUGCGGCGGGGAACUGUAGUUGCUUCUGGAAUUCAACGGGUUGAACAGGGAUAUAUCUCUGUGAUGUCUUUGGUCUUGUUAUAUUUCAAUCCGUGGUGAGAUUUGAAAGAGCUCUUUGGUAUGACCUCUCAGAUACUAUGGCCGGAUGGUGUAUUCAUGACAAAGCAUCCAAAAAGGCAGCAACAAUCCAGCAUUUCUGAAGAGGAGCAGAAACAAGAAGCAGAGAGACGAGCAAAGUUUGUUCAUGAGCUGAUGAUCGAAAAAGCCCCAGCUACUAUAGUGAGUCUUAUAGGACAAAAGGAGUAUGAACAAUGUGCAGAAGAUCUUUACUUUUUCCUUCAGUCAUCAGUGUGUUUGAAGCAAUUGGCGUUUGACAUUUUGGAGUUGUUGCUACUAUCAGCGUUUCCGGAAAUGGAGCAAGCUUUCAAAAAAUUGCACUACGAAAAACACCUCUUUGGUCAAUAUACACCACCGAACUGAUACUUGGAUUUUCAUUGUAAUCAUCUUCCAUAUUACGUGGAGUUUUGCUAGAAUUCUUUAAACAGUAAUAGCACGGAUGC